AUUUGCACGGAGGCAGACGUCCUGUGAUUGCAAUAGACAAGGACCAGCAGAUGAGACUCCUGACUGAUUCCAGGCCUGCUUUCUACAUGCAAGCGGACGUGCGUCGCAUACGCUAGACGCUGCUGUGUGAGAUGCACCCAUAGACCCAUACUGGCGCUCCCACCUCUGCGAGCUUCAGACCUCCACGCAGCUUUUCCAAACAUGUUCGCUUUUGUAGCCUAGGCUAUAUAUAACUAAUGUUUUAGCGGUCGUCGGUGAGGCUGUGGAUGCGUAAUUGCGCCAUGCUUCCGCUGUCACGCUGUCAGUUUUUUAAUUCCUCGAGACGAACGGGAGACCUCCGCCAUCAGUGGAAAUUGAGAUGUGUUUUCUGAGUCGCUUGUCUGCUGAACGGAUGCCUUCCGAGAUGGUGUGCAAACCUAAACCGGGCUGCCUCCACAGAACCACAGACAGGGGUGCUUUUUGUACCGGACUCUUGUGAGAUGAAGGACAAGAAGAAAAAGAAGAAAUAUUGAAUGCUUUUUGUUUGUUUUUGGUGGGGAUCAGAGCACAUGGAUGUGAACCGACGUUGAACGGAUGCUCCUGAGUGGAAUUUAUCCCUGAGUGUUUUUUCUGUUAAAGUGGCGGCGGAUCGCGUUGAUUUUGUUUUCCUUUCAGCCUUGGCAGGAUCCAACCGCUCGUCGAUGAAUUGAUGUGGGAAUACACGCUACCUCGGCUGCAUAGAUGGCAAACGCAAGUGAGUUUGCGGGGAGCAGCCCGUCCUUACAGAACUAUGCGUCCACGGCCUCUGCGGUCAAGCUGGCCUCCCUGGGUCUGAUCAUGGGCAUCAGCCUGCUGGGCAACGCGUCGCUGUCGCUGCUGCUGCUGAAGGACAGCUCGCUGCACAAGGCUCCCUACUAUUUCCUCCUGGACCUGUGCCUGGCAGACGUGGUCCGCUCCGCCGUGUGUUUCCCCUUCGUGAUGGCAUCCAUCAGCGGCGGCUCCGCGUGGCCCUACAGCGCGCUCAGCUGCAAGAUCGUCGCCUUCAUGUCGGUGCUCUUCUGCUUCCACGUCGCCUUCCUGCUCUUCUGCGUCAGCGUCACCCGGUACAUGGCGAUCGCCCACCACCGGUUCUACUACAAGCGGAUGAAUCUGUGUACGUGCGUGGCGGUCAUCUGCAUGGUGUGGACACUCUCCGUGGCCAUGGCUUUCCCACCGGUUUUCGACGUGGGCACCUACAAAUUCAUCCGUGAGGAGGAGCAGUGCAUCUUCGAGCACCGCUACGUGAAGGCGAACGACACCCUGGGCUUCAUGUUGAUGCUGGCCGUCAUCGUGGGCACGACCCAUGUGGUUUACAUAAAGAUGCUGUGCUUCGUCUACGACCAUCGCAAGAUGAAGCCGGCUCAGCUGGUCCCUGCCAUCAGCCAGAACUGGACCUUCCACGGGCCCGGAGCCACCGGACAGGCCGCGGCCAACUGGAUCGCGGGCUUCGGCCGCGGACCCACCCCGCCGACGCUGGUGGGCAUCAGGCAGGCGUCGCACCUCGGCAACAGGAGGUUGCUGGUGCUGGACGAGUUUAAGAUGGAGAAACGGAUCGGGAAGAUGUACUACAUGAUCACACUGACCUUCCUCAUUAUGUGGGCUCCUUACAUAAGCGCCUGCUAUCUGAGAAUAUUUGUGCGCGGAGCUCCGGUCCCGCAGCUGCACCUGACCGCUGCGGUGUGGCUGAGCUUCGCCCAGGCGGGAGCGAACCCCAUCAUCAGCUUCAUGUUUAACAAGGAGCUCCGGAUGCGACUGAGAGCCUGUUUCCCCUGCUGCCUGGGAACACAGACACCCAUGGAGCCAUACUGUGUCAUCUGAACCGCAGUGGCCCCCCAGAAUACUGCCAAAGAUACAUUACAUCUUAAUUCAGAAUGUAGGCCUACACAGACUGGUCCCCAAAAUGUGUUUGUACCCCGAGACACGCGUGCUGUGGAAGGUGAACCCACUUCAGUACAAUGUACACACAUUUUUAUUUGUGACAAAGGUUUUACCCAUUAUUUUAAUUUGACAGAAACUUGAAUAUGAUGUAAAGUCAUGUUAUAUUUAGAUGUUAUUAGAAUCAGAUCAAUAGACCAACCUAUAUGAAUCAUGUUAGGCGUAAGGGAUAGAAGCAUAAAGUGAUGCUUUUAUAGAAAUAUAAUGUGUUUGAGGUUGUCUAAGUGGGCAUCAUGGUUAAGCCACCUUUUAAUUUACACCUCUGCAUGUAGGCCUACUGUAGGAGACAUUCAUUCCAAAUAGGGUAUGGCCUCUAUCAGUUAUGUCCUAUAUUUGGAGACAUUUCUUAUGUCCUAUGGAGUGUCAACCUUUUUGGUCCACUACAAUAUUGUACAUGAAUGUCACUUGGGCUAUUUGUUUGUAUAUUUUGAAAUUGUAUCCCAGCACACCCAUUUGAGGUUGUUUACCUUUUGCAGUACUGAUGCCUGAAACACAACAGAACUAUAUUUAGAGUCAGUGUCUCUAGCAUCUAUGACACACUUGGUUUCUAAUUGUUUGGAUACCACAAAUGAGACACAGAUCUCAGUAUAUUUUUAAUGAGGACAAUGUCACAUUUGUAAAUACUGUAAAGCCCUUUUCCCCUUUUCCUUCUGCUUUUUGUAACCAGACAUGUUGUAUAAUUUAUAAUGUCUUAGGAUUCUAUGUGUUGAAAAGGUGUUGAAACUUUAAAGGUGUUUUGGAAAUUCAUAUUCAUGGGUCACUUGGGCUGUGCAAUGGAUGGAUUUACAUUGCCUGCAGGAUAUACAGAUAUUCUUUUUCUAAUGAUAUGGACAUUGGGACUCUGAAAAUGUUAACAGUUUGGUUCUUUGGAAAAGAUGUUUGCAUUGUUUGUAUUUCUUAGCAAAUAAAUAAGAUAAUGGAUGAUAA